AUGUUCAAAGACUGUACGUUCCGCAGUAUAACAUUGCGGUGGUGGCUCGAGCACGAAUUUACUGGCCGGAAGGUCCGUGGUUCGAACCCGAUCCCUACCUCUCGACUUACCCUGUCUAGGCUUGGGCAAGCUGGCAGUAUCCUAGCCCUCAUGCUUCCUUUGGGUGGCACGGCAGCUAGUCGCCGAAAGGGUGUUACAGCUGAACGAUUAUUGUUUUAUUAUAUUUCACUUUGUGGGCUCGAAGCACUGGUUGUAGCUGCCGCAGUUUCGUUCACCGAUGAUUUGGGGGGAGGAAUAGGUAGCUGCGCAUUGCAGGCGGGAGCUGAUAAAUUGUCAUUGUUUGACCGCCUCUGGCUCUCUUCCACCCUUCACGUGGUUGUGCGAAAAGAGCCUUUAGAGGAAGUCGGUCGACUGGCAUACGCAAACAAGCGAGUAACCAAAAAUGGUAGACAGAAUGAGUGCUCGAGUAGUUGGGGUGCAUAUGUGCACAGAAAGAAAGAAAGAAAGCGUUCAGCUUUAAAACCCUUCCGGUGCCUAGCUGCCAUGCUACCUGAAGGAAGUACGAGGACCGGGAUACUGCCAGGUUACCCAAGCCUAGACAGGGGAAGUCGAGUGGCGGAGGUAGGAUUCGAACCACGGACCUUCCGGUCAGUAAAUUCGGGCUCUAACCACUUGGGCCAUUUCGCCCCUGUACACAGAAAUUGGAUACAAGAGACAAAUAGUUCAGCCGUAGCACCCUUUCGGUGGCUAGCUGUCAUGCCAACGGAAGGAGGCACGAGAGUUGGGAUACUGCCAGGUUGCACAAGCCCAGAGAGGAGCAGUCGAGAUGCUGAGCUUGCGUUCGAACCACGGACCUUCCGGUCCAACUCUAAAGUAAAGAAAGCGUUCAGCUGUAGCACCCUUCCGGUGCCUAACUGCCAUGCCACCCGAAGGAAGCACGAGGGCUGGGAUACUGCUAGGUUGCCCAAGCCUAGACAGGGGAAGUCGAGUGGAGGAGGUAGGAUUCGAACCAUGGACCUUCCGGUCAGUAAAGUCGCGCUCUAA